AUGAUCGACUACAACGUUUUCAGACAUUUCGCACAGUGGGGUGGUGAUGGAGCAAACUACUACACUGCACCGUCCAAUCGACUUUCACGCUUGAUCACCACGGUUAUCUCUAAGGGAUCAAUUCUCGAUUUUACCCCUCCAUCCGCCAACUCAUCUUAUUCGGUUGAGUUCUAUGGGCCCUCUGUCUCUUGCGGACCUGCAAUUUCCUUCAACAACUCGCAGACAGCCGAUCUCAUCCAGGAGUUUUCAAGAACUCUUGGUGGAACUAUCAUCAAAUAUGUUGGCUUCGUCCCAAGUCAGAAUGUCAUAAAUGAGACCCACCUGGAUGCGGCUCUUGCAGGACUCAAUAAUACACUGCAGGACAACCAGUACGUUGAGACAUUCGACAGGAUAUCCGAAGACCACGCUCGACUCUAUGUUGCCGUCCCUAGGCUCGAUUCAGGUUCAAGUUUGACCUUCGAUGGUUCUGCGGAUACCACAAUCGAAUGCGGCCUGUACAAUACAUCUUUCCAAGUCGACUUCAUCUCGAAUGACGGAAGCCAAGACACAAACAUCCGUAACGUAACCAGGCUGAAUGGAGUGACUUCAGCGCUUGCCAUCACUAACUAUUGCGACAUGCCCGGCGGGCCAGGGCAGUUAUGUUCGGCCACAGAGACCGCUUAUAUCGCCCUAUUAGAUGCUUUGGGCUCUCAGCUCGUCGGCCAGAUUAAACAAUCGCACUAUGGGCCCAUCGGCGCCGUCCGGACGCAGAUUUUGAAUUCCGUCUUCAUGGACAGUCGAGAACUACAUAAAAUGCAGGAACAGGUCGACAAAUGGCUCACAUCGUCCACUGAAGCAGCCGCUGCGCCCGAUGUAGAGCCUUUAUCUAUCGCAAACAUGAACAUUGCGGAUGCACUAGAGCAGGUCUUCAUCAACUGCACUUUAAGUUUGUUCAGCGAGUCCUACUUCAUUUAA